UAUUAGCCGCGGCCAAAGCCGUGUAAGGAACACAGCUCAUUGUUGGCAAGUGCCGAUGCGCCUCGCGGAGGGGCGAGAACCAGCUCCGGGGCUGCGGCAGCGAUCGCGGCGCCGGUCACGUCAGCGCCGGGGAGAGGGAGCCGGAGCAGCCCUCUCUAUGCUGGGUGACUCUCGCUGACUGAUUCCACCGCCACCUUUGAAGGAGAGGAAGAAAGAAGCCGGGAGGUGAGCCAUGGCAGACCACAUGAUGGCCAUGAACCACGGGCGAUUCCCCGACGGAUCCGGCGGGCUCCACCACCACCCUGCGCAUCGGAUGGGCAUGGGGCAGUUUCCCACUCCCCAUCACCACCACCAGCAGCAGCAGCCGCCGCAGCAGCACGCCUUCAGCGCCCUGAUGGGCGACCAUAUACAUUACGGAGCUGGGAGUAUGAACGCGAGCAGCGGGGUGAGGCACGCCAUGGGGCCGGGCAGCGUGAGCGGAGGGCACCCGGCCGGCAGCAUGCCGCCCCCCGCCCGCUUCAGCGGCUCCCAGUUCAUGGCCCCCCCCGUCGCCAGCCCGGGAGGGCAGCUGAGCGCCAGCAUGCAGCUCCAGAAGCUGAACAACCAGUACUUCAGCCACCACCCGUACCCGCACAGCCACUACAUGCCGGACUUGCACGCCGGUAGCCACCAGCUGAACGGCGGCAGCCAGCAGCAUUUCAGGGACUGCAACCCCAAGCACGGCGGCGGCGGCGGCAGCGGCUUGCCGCCCGCCGUCCCCCACGUCCCCGCGGCAAUGCUGCCGCCCAAUGUCAUAGACACGGACUUCAUCGACGAGGAGGUCCUCAUGUCCUUAGUCAUCGAAAUGGGGCUGGAUCGCAUCAAGGAGCUUCCCGAGCUGUGGUUGGGACAGAACGAGUUUGACUUCAUGACAGACUUCGUUUGCAAACAGCAGCCCAGCAGGGUGAGCUGCUGAUUCAUUUAAAACAAACAAAGGACUUUUAUCGGUGCGAAUGAAAACAUUCCCCUAGACACGGUGUCUCACUUUUCAGGGCUUGAAAAGGUGAGAAUCUGGAAAGCAGAGUCAACUAUGCGCUUGUAUAAUUUUUUUUUUUUUUUAAUCGGUGCCACUUUUUUUUUUCUUUUUGUAGCUUUGUCACUCACGUCCCCUCCUGUAGUAAUAAUAUCUAGCGAACUCUGCCUUUUUAUGUUGGUUGCCCCCCUCCCGACCUCCCACUCUUAAUUUCCUCACAGUAACAUGCCCAGAAUUCCCACAGUGCCGGACUGUUAGAUAUUAAUCUUGGCAAAUUGCUUAAUCUUGUGGAUUUUGUAAACUAUGAUUUCCAGUGACUUGAACUGCAUUCAAAUUCUGAGUGAACAGGGAAAAAAAUUGCAUUAGUUGGUUGCAUGAACUUUGAAGGGCAGAUACUACUGCACAAAAGCUGCCAUCUUGCUUAAUUUUUAACUAUGCAUUGCAGUGCAGACUAAUUUUUUUUUUUCUUUUCUGAAUACGCUAAACUGGAAGCUUAACAGAUGUGGGCCAAACCUUUCCAGAUCAGGAAAAGUAAUACUCUUACUUAAAAAGUCUGCUACCCAGUCCCCCUCCCCCAUAUGUACAGACAAUAAUAUGGUGUGGAUGGAAUGUUGACUAGUGGCAAACAUUUCACAGAUUUUUUUUUUUUUUUAAUUUUGUUUCUGUCUUCAGCGUUUUGACACUGUGCUAAUAUAGUUUAUUCAGUACAUGAAAAGAUACUACUGUGUUGAAAGCUUUUCAGGAAAUUUUGACAGUAUUUUUGUACAAAACAUUUUUUUGAGAAAAUAUUGUUAAUUUAUUCUAUUUUAAUUUGCCAAUGUCAAUAAAAAGUUAAGAAAUGC